AUGUUCAUGCUUCAUUCAACCUAUUUAAUUCAAGCCAAAUAUCACAAAUACAUAUGUUAUUGUUCUGAUUCAUCAAGUCUUCGGCUGCUUAAUUCAUGGUCAACAAUGCUGACAAAAUUUGAGUUCUGCCGAUUGCCCGCCAUUUCAUUUAUCUCAUUAGAAGUUAUUUUAGUGGUUCGUGGUUUGCCUCCUAUAACAUUAUCUCUAUUCAAACGAAGGCUUAAAUCGCCAAGCUGCAAGCUUCUGCGCAUUCUAUAUUCCUUCAGCAGAUAUUCUUCUUCAUCCUCCAUUUUAAUCGCUUUAUUUGUUUGCUGGUUCUCGGUGGUCUCUUCUUGUUCAAUUUCAGUUACCGUUUCCUCUACUUUACGUGGACUUUCUUCAACUUGUCUCUGUUCUUCUGGAAUUGUCGGCCCACUUUCGCCUUUGCAAAUAUCUUCAAAAUCCAGAAUAGUAUUCCAAUGAAUGUACGGAUGAUCCUCAAUCAUCCUAUCCACCCCCACAUCCGAAAAGAUAUUCCAGUUAACAAAGGGAUAUUUGUCAUUGAGCCUAUCGAUUGCAGCACUUUUCAAUACACAUCCAGAAGGGUACAUAUUAAGGUCUCCUUCUUUCAAGAUAUAAUCCCAAUUUAUGUAAGGCGAGGCGUACUUCUUUUCAACAAAAUAUCUCCAAUCUACGUAGGGAUACAGGUCCUGUAGGUGUGGAACGAGGCUUCUAAACUUCUGGUAUACCUCUGGACGAGUGAAAUUCACAGAUUUGUUCAAGUUGGGGUGAAAUAUUGCAGUUGUAAUCGCAUCCCAAUCCAGAUACGGGUAUUCUUUCCUUAAAUUGCACAUAUAAGUGUCACUUAAAUGUUCAGUUAUUAUCUCUUCCCAGGCAACAUCAGGAAAACUUGAGGUCAAUCGUCGAACAGCUUCCGAACCUUCCAUUCUUAUUGAAGUAGCAUCUGCUCCCUUGACAAUGCUCUCCCAAUCCAAACAGUGGAAUCGUCUCUUGAUCUCCUCAAUCUCAUUAUCGCAUAUAUAGGUCUGGAUGAUGUUCUGCCAGUUUAUUUCGGGGUAGAUUGCUCGUAGUUUUGCAAUGCGGACUUCAGAGACAAUGUUUUCCCAAUUAAUCAUAGGAUGUCGUGCUCGCAGCCACAUUAUCCGCCCUUCAGUUAAUAUUUCCCCCCAGUUAAUUUGGGGAUAUUGGGCCUUAAGCUUAUUAAUUUCUGAUUCACAAAUAGCAUCGCAAACAAUAUUAUCAAAAUUUAUAUUUGGGUAGGUCUUACGAAGUUUCCGAAUUCUCCGUUCAGCAACAAUUCCAUCCCAAUUCAGAUAAGGAAUAUUCUUUCGAAGAUGCUCGAUUUUCGUUUCGCAAAGCAGGUGAUCCCAAUCGAUAUUCGGAAAAAUGGCUUUGAUCUCUUCUAUUUUUUGUUCACAUUUAUAUUCUUUAAUUAUGAAGUCCCAGUCUAUUUGGGGAUACUUCUCCCUUAGGAUAUCGGGAAGUUCUUCAAGCAUUAUCCUCGACCAAUUAAUAAAGGGGUAA